AUGUCAAACUUUAAAAAUCAACUCAACCAGCUACUUGAGGCGGCUACAUCAAUCACAGCCAAGUUAAAUCAAGGUGAAUUAAGUGAAAAUGAUCAAGCAGCUUUAAAAUCUUCGGUGGUCUCUAUUCUACCUUUAUCAGAGAGAUAUGAAAGGCUAUUCAGAACUACUGAGGUGGAUGAUUUAAAAGAAUUUAGCACAAGAUUGGAAAGUUCAGCAAUUGACCUUUGGAAUAGAGCGGCAUUAGCUAUGAAGUCUGGAUCUGAUGAUUUGAGGAAAACAUUAUGUUCAGCGAAAUUUUUUGCAAGCCUCUUAUGUUCAAUCCAAGAUUCAAUAGAACCAACAAUCAAGGGAAAAUUUAGGCUAUUCAAUUGUCUCUAUAGAUCCUUCAAAAGUUCAUUGGAGGAAAAUGAUAAUAGACUCACUAUAAAAAUUCAAGAACAUGCUGACCGAGUAUUCAAAGAUUUAGAGUCUAUGUCAUCAACUUUUGAAGAAUCUGUGCUUUCCAGUUUCAACAAAGCCAGAUCAGAGUUAUUCAUCACAAAGAUGCAAUUAUCCAUACAGGAGAAUGAUAUUCAAAUGGCCAAGUUUUAUGAAGAAAGAGCUGGACUUUCAUCAUUUGCUUCUUCAAACAACUCUGAAGUCUUGACAGAAUCUACAAGAGUAAUUUAUAACUCUAGUUUAUCACUUUACAAUCAAAAAAGAUAUUCUGAUGUGAUUUAUUUUCUCAACAAGGCCAUUGGAUACCUUUCAAAUGGAUCAAAUUCAGGUUCUCAAGAGUCAUCAAGAGUGGAAUUUUCAAUCCAUUCCUUAUUAAUCCGUGCAUGUAUUGAGGAGAGAUCAAAUGAGAGUAUCCAAGUAGCUGAAGAUUCUUUAUUGGUUAUGCAAGAGAAGCAAUGCAAUACUCUUGAGUUCUUCAAACUAUCAAUUAAGUUAAUCAAUGUUAAAAAUGGUGAUCCAAGUGAGAUUGAAGAAGUCAUUAUGCGGAUGUUGAUGUCUAAUAACUUUCCUAUGCCUGAUUUUAAAGUUAUUUUGGGGGUUAUUAAUGAUUUUGCACUGAAAGAUACCACUGGAGCUAUCAAAUGUUUUGAAUAUGUCUUUACUAAUAGGUUGGACCCAACAAUUGAUCAUGAUACCCUUGAGAUGAUUCUUGUUGCGAUGAUUAAUAUCUAUAUCAAGGAUAAAAGUUUAUUACCAGAUCAUAAACAACAAAACCUUGUACAAUUUUUUGACAUUGCUGAAAAAAGGUUUAUCAAAGCUUUAUCUCGGAAAUGUUCAUCUGGUGCAAUCACAUUAUUAUGGAAUGCUGGUAAAUCAGAAUCCAAGAAUAAUAAAUUUGAUGAAUCCAUUGGUUGGUUUAAAUUGGCAUUGCAUAGGUUAUUACAAGUUAAUGAUAUUGAUAGGGCAAAAAUUCAAAGAGCUAUUCAAAACAGCUUAAUUAAUGUUGAUAGAUAUGAUGAUGCAAUCAAGAUCUUUCAACAAAUGGAUGAUACUGAAAAGAAAUCUUUGAUAACACAGUAUAAUAUGUUUAAAGUGUAUUCUCAAAAAGGGGAAGAAAAUAAAGUUAUGAUUUGUUUAAAAGAAAUGACAACUUCAAAUGAACAAAACUUGAUUCCGUUAUUAUCAUUAUGUGCAACUAGUUCAAAUAUCAAUACUAGAAUUGCAAUAGAAUCCAUGAUGCUAUUAUUUAAAAACAUAAAUGUGGGGCUUGAUUCGAAAGUUUCUAUUCCUUCAGCUUUACGUUGUGUUAUUGGAUUGAUUUUGAAAAAUGAUACAUACAAAGAGGAAUAUCUUGAUACUUUAUUAACCCUUUUACAAGAAGCUUUUAAAUUUGCUAAAGAUUCCAAAAACAUUGAGAAUUAUAGAUUUACUAUGGAAGAAUUAGAAUGGUUUAGUUCACAGGCUUUUAAUAUAUCAAGGGAAUGUUUAAUCAAUGAAGAUUUCAUAUAUGGUGAUUUAUUUGCAGAAUUAUCAAUCAAUUUAAAUUCAUUAAUACCUGAUGAUACAAGUUUUGAAAAAUCAAUAAAUUUAAAAAUUUGGAAAUUUAGAGCUGGAUUAAUUAGUCUUUUAUGUAUGUCCAAAAAGACAAAUUUGGAUUUCAAAUUACUUUGGGGGACAGUUAAGGAGAAGGCAUUAAAUCUUCGUAUAAACAUUGAUGAAUUAACAAUAAUCAUUGGUAAUAAACCUGGUUUUGAAAAUUUCCAAAAAGAAUGGGAACAAUGUUUAUUAGAUGUUAUGAUUUUCCAAUUUGAAGCUGAAUUAAAGCUUGAAAAUUAUGGAUCAAUUGAAUCAUUAAUUCGUGAAUCAAAUAAAUUGAAAACUAUUGAAUUUGAUUCAACUUUAAUUAAUAUGGUUAUCAAUGAUGAUGAUAGUAAUUAUCCAGAUCGUAUUAAAUCAUUAAUUAUUUCAUCAAUAUUAUCAAGAAAUUUUGGAGAUUUAAAGAUCUCUUCAUUGCAAGUUUCAAGAUGGGUUAGAUUAUUAUUAAAAUUUACUAAUGGUAUUAAUGAAGAAGAUAAUUGUUUAAAAAUUAUUUCACAAAUUUAUACAAGACUUUGUUCACAAGAGGAAGACAAUCAAUUCCCGGCCCAUGAGAUUGAGUGGAUAGCCACGACAUGCUGGAACAAUGGAAUUAAUCGGUUAUUGUGA